UCCCCGGCCUUUCUUGGGGGAGGCGAGGAGUGGGCUCUGGACAGAGAAAGGUAAAGCACAGGGUUGAUAAUUGAGCUUCGAGGCCCAAGGAGUUUGCAGAGCAGGCCCUUGCCAUGCUGAAGUUCACAGGACAGUUGGGAUCAGGACAGGAGGGCAGAAGUUCAAGGCAGCAGCGCCUCUAGCUCCGGCCCCACAGCUCGAUCCUGGCCCGGUCCCCAGGCCUCACUUUCCUUAGGGGGCAGUGAGGGGCUUGCACCAGCCCACCCCGGGGUCCUUUCCCACUCUGAAACUAGGCUGGCUGUGGACGUUGCAGAGGAAGGGGCCCUAGAGGGUUGGGAAAUUAGGGGAGGCCAGGAGGGGCGGGCAGCCUGAAGAACAGAGCCGAGAGUCCUGGGGCUCCCUGGGACUUCCUGAGAGGCAGCCUCCCCCGUUCCCCAGCACUUCUUCCAUCCUCCCUGCCGCUCCGACGCCUGCAAUGAGAGGAGCCUCGGGACUGCUGCUGGCCCUGUGGGAAGGACAGACGCAGCGCCCUGGGAGCUUCUGCGGCAGACAGGACCCAGGCAGCCCGGCAGCAGUCAGGAGUCCCCUCUGGCCAGUGUCAGCUUCCUUCCCUGCCAGCUGGUGAAGGGCCUCUGGGUCUGAGGAUGCUGUGUUGAGAUGCCUUUGCUCCCAUCCCCUUCUUCCACUCUGCCUUCUGAGAAAGCAUCACUUGCUCCUGCUCCCUCUCCCGGGGAACCCUCUCUUCCGCCGGAGUGGGCACCCGAAGCUGGACCCGGGGCAGGCCACAGAGGGAUGCUUGGCAAGGGGAGAGAUGCCAGGCAUUUGCAAAGUGCUGAUGGGAAACAAAGUCAGGUCCAGUGGGGGCUCAGGGCUCACUCCCAGCUGGCCUAGGAGCCCCAGGCCCCCUUUAUCCCCAAGAGAAGAGCCGGCCCUCCCCGGGCCCCUGUCCCCAGCAGCCCCCUGUGCCACCGCAGCUGCUGUCCCUUUAAGGGCCUCCCCCUCCCUCUUUCUCUGCUCCCCCCAUCUCUGUCGCAGCCGCGCGGCUGUGGCUCAGAGCUGCAUGGGGAGACGCUGCUGCAGGUCCGGUUUCUGGGUGUCUGGUCGGUGCCAUCAUUUCCCCGCCCCUCCCCCGCCCUCCCCUAGCUGGUCACUUCCCCUCCCCCUCCCCCUCCCCACCGAGGGGGCAGGGGGCUGGGCAUGGAGUCUCUAUGAUGUGUCCAUGCUGGGCGGCGGGGAGCGGGGAGGCAGAGAGAGGAGGCAGUGGAGCCGGGACAGCGGCGGUGACCGCUGACCACUAGCCCGGCUGCUCCUCCGCUCCCUCCCGCCCACCUCCUUCCUUCGGGGCUGGCACCCGGACCCACCCCCACCCCCUCCCCGCCUCCUCAGGCCCUCCCAGCCUCUCACGUAAGCCUCCCCUCCCCACCUGCCUGGUGGUUCCCUCCCCUCCCCCAUCUGCACCCUCCUCCUCCUGUCCCCUCUUCCUCUGUCCCUCACCAAGCCGUCCCCUCCUCGCCUCUCCCCAUCCCUCACUGGCCUGCUCCUGUUCCCCUUCUCCCGUCCUCCCCUCCCCCGUCUCUGGUCAGCUGGCCCCUUCCCGACUCCCCAGUGUCAUCGGACUCCCUUCUCGGCUCUGGUGCCCUGGCCCCAUCCCGUCCCCGCCUUGUCCCCUUUGUGCCCCUACCCGUUGUUUUCUCUCUCCUUCCUGGGCUUGGCGUCCCUUCUCCACCCCUAAUUCCUUCCGUUUGGCCUUCCUGCCCCUUCACGGCCCUCCUGCCUCUCUGCCCAAGUCCUGAGCCACCAUGCUGACCCCGAUGGUGGCCGGGGGGGUGGUGUUCCCUGGACUCUUCCUCCUCUCCAAGAGCACGCUCCAGAGGCUGCCCCAGCUGCGCUGGGAGGAGGCCGACGCGGUCAUUGUCUCAGCCAGGCUGGUGUCCUCUGUCCAGGCCAUCAUGGCCUCCACCGCCGGCUACAUCGUCUCCACCUCCUGCAAGCACAUCAUCGAUGACCAACAUUGGCUGUCCUCUGCCUACACGCAGUUCGCUGUGCCCUACUUCAUCUAUGACAUCUAUGCCAUGUUCCUCUGUCACUGGCACAAGCACCAGGUGAAAGGGCAUGGAGGGGACGACGGCGCGGCCAGAGCUCCGGGCAGCACGUGGGCCAUCGCGCGCGGCUACCUGCACAAGGAGUUCCUCAUGGUGCUCCACCACGCCGCCAUGGUGCUGGUGUGCUUCCCGCUGUCGGUGGUGUGGCGACAGGGGAAGGGAGACUUCUUUCUGGGCUGCAUGUUGAUGGCAGAGGUCAGCACGCCCUUCGUCUGCCUUGGCAAGAUCCUCAUCCAGGUUGCAUCUGCGGCUGCACGAAAACGGAUGGCUGGGAAUGGCCGUCGGGGGAUUGUCAGAGGAAGUCUCCCGGCCCUUUCCGAGGCAUAUCUCUUGGCCAUCCACGCGGCCUUGGCAGACUCCGCUCCCUGCACCUCCGUUUCCCCUUCUGUGGCCGGCGGCUCCCCCGUGUCCUCCCCAUCUCCCGUCUCUGCCACUCCCCACCAGCCAUUUCCACUCCUGAGGCCCAAUCUCAGCUCAGGACAGUUCCCUUCUGAUCGGCAGGUGGGCCUGUCUGUCACGGGCGUGUUCCACCCUACCCAAGCCCAAGGACACUCCAGGGUCUCUCCUAAGUUUCACGACUAAGAUGGGUGCUCAGCGGACUCUGCAGACCCAGUGCCACGACUUCCCCCAAAGCCAGGCGUGUGUCUAUGCGCGUGUCCUCCGCAGCAACCGUGUGCAGAGAACGGGUGGGCUAGGACUCGGGGUACUUGCCAUAAACCGCUUCAAGUUCCUAAACAAGUAAAAAGCCCAGAGAGACAAAACAAAAGGGGGUGCGGGGAAGAGGAGGGAAACUAAUAUCUAUGGGACUGGCUCAAAUGUCUGCUUCCCCCAUGCUGUGCUGGCAGCUUCCUUUUCCUUUGUUUGAGACCGGGUAUUCCUCUGUCACCCAAGUUUGGAGUGCAGCCUUGACCUCCUGGGCUCAAGCGACCCUCUAACCUCAGCGUCCUGAGUAGCUGGGACCACAGGCAUGCACCACACCUGUCUAUUUUUGUUUUGUUUGAGAUGGAGUCUCUAUUUGUCACCCAGGGUGGAGUGCAGUGGUGCAAUCUUGGCUCACUGCAACCUCUACCUCCUGGGGUUCCAUAGAUUCUCCUGCCUCAGCCUCCCAGGUAGCUGAGAUAUUACAGGCACCCACCACCAUGCCCGGCUAAUUUUUGUAUUUUUAGUAGAGAUGGGGUUUCACCAUGUUGGCCAGGUUGGUCUUGAACUCCUGACCUCAAGUGAUCUGCCUGCCUUGUCCUCCCAAAGUGUUUACAAAGGGAUUACAGGUGUGAGUCACAGAACCCAGCCUACCUUUUUUUUUCUUUGUACAGAUGGAGACGUGCUAUGUUGCCCAGGCUAGUCUCAAACUCCUGGGCAUAAGUGAUCCUCCCACCCUGGCCUCCCAAAGUCCUGGGAUUACAAGUGUGAACCACCAUGUGGGUCACUUCUAAGAAAGAGGAAGGGAUUCAUCCAAAGCUACAGGGCAUAUGAGAGAUGUCAGAAGGGACUCAGUAACCUGGUUUUUGGGCCAGGCAUGGUGCUCAUGGCUGUAAUCCUAGCACUUUUAGAGGACUAGAUGGGAGGAUCGCUUGAUGCCAGGAGUUCGAGACCAACCUGGCCAACAUGACAAAAUCUCAUUUCUACUAAAAAUCAAAAAAAAGGUUAAGUGUGGUGGCUCACGCCUAUAAUCCCAGCACCGUGGGAAGCCGAGGCAAGUGGAUCACUUGAAGUUAGGAGCUCCAGACCAGACUGACCAAUAUAGUGAAACCCCGUCUCUACUAGAAAUACAAAAAUUAGGUGGGCGCGAUGGCAUGCACCCAUAGUCCCAGGUACUAGAGAGGCUGAGACAGCGGAACUUCUUGAACCCAAGAGGCAAAGGUUGCAGUGAGCCUAAAUCACGCCACUGCACUCCAGCCUGGGCAACAGAGUAAAACUGUCUCAAAAAAAAAAAAAAAAAAAAGGCUGGGCGAGGUUGUUCAAGCCUGUAAUCCCAGCACGCUGGGAGGCCAAGAUGGGUGGAUCACCUGAGGUCAGGAGUUUGAGGCCAGCCUGGCCGAAUGGUGAAACCCCAUCUCUACUUUAAAAAAAAAAAAAAAAAAAUUAGCUCGGUGUGGUGGCAGGCACUUGGGAGGCUAAGGUAGGAGAAUCGCUUGAACCCAGGAGGGGGAGGUUGGGCGGUGAGCCAAGAUGGUACCAUUGCACUCCAACCUGGGUGACAGAGCAAGACUCUGUCUCAAAAAAAAAAAAAAAAGCUGGAUGUGGUGAUGCACACCUGUAGUCCCAGCUAGUUAGGAGGCUGAGGCAGGAGAAUUGCUUGAGCCCAGUAGGUGGAGCUUGCAGUGAGCCGAGAUCAUGCCACUGCACUCCAGCCUGGGUGACAUGGCAAGACUGUGUCUCAAUAAAUAAAUAACCUAGUUCCCGAUGCUGGGCCAGGGCUCAUGCCCCAGGCCCAUGUGCAAACUGCUCCUUGAGGUUAGCUGAGAGAAGGGACACAGAGCCUAUGGCCUUUGGGGUUGACUUUUUGUUUCCGCAAAUGCCUCAAAACAUAUGGCUACUGUCUUUCCCAGAAAAGGCUAUUUUGACCCAAACAAUGCAUUAUCCAUUCACUCAUUUAUCCAACCAUGAAAUAAACGUGCUGAGCUCCCGCUA